AUGGUGUGGAUUCUGCCGGAUUUCGCGUCGAUUGAUAUCCACGUGGCCACUUCGGAGUCGGAAAACCCGUCGGCGGAGGCGCGAAUUAUCUCAGAAGUCAGAAAAUGUGAGGAUUCUGGGCAGUUUCUGUUUGUGAUUCCAGUGGUUAAGAUAACUUUUUCAUCACCUACCUUCACUCUAAUCGUCACGACGACACUUGAACUCCUUCUAGGUUCUCCAGAAUCCGACGCCGUCACCGUCAGAUUCACUUCGUUCUUUGAAUUCCCCAUAGCUUCUCGAUCAAUCGCUCCAAUGAACAACAUCCCGUCGGCCAACUCGAUUCGCACGUCGCCGUCAGAGUUUUCGACGUCGAUAGCCUCGAUUCUGGUUACAGUAUCCCCAGAUUUGAGAGAUUUCGGAACUUGGAAGGUUUGGGAUAAAUCGGUGACGAAUUUCGGCGGUUCGCUAGAAAAAAAUUAG